AUGACACCUAAAACUUAUUCGACUGCGGCGCCUUCCGAUCACCUAAAUUGUAAUAUUAAUUACACUUUAAAAGAAUUUUUACAUGAAUUUGAAGCAAGAAAUAAUAAACAAAUAUCAGAGAUUGAAAAACUAAAUAAUGCGAAAAUUAAACAAUAUAAUGAACAAACGAAGGAGUUAAUUAAGCAUGAGGUUACCAAG